GUCCAGCCACUGUUUACCCGGCAGUCAGGCUAUGACAUCAGAGCGAGGACUUUAUAAAAGUGCAUGUGCACAGAGCCAGGCAGUGAGAAAACAGUAACACAAGUAGAAAAUCUCAUUGUGGUGGAACACAUAGCAGAACAUGAUGGAAAAGCUACAGAGAGACAGGAAAAGCCUAAUGGCAUGGACACUGCUGCUUUACCUGGGCUCACAGGUGUGCUGUCAGCAGUGUGGUGGCCCUUGUCAGUGCCAAAGCUCUGUACCAGCCUGCCCAGAAGGCGUUCCUCUCAUUCUCGAUGGGUGCCAGUGCUGUCAGGUGUGUGCAAGGCAGCAGGGUGAGGCCUGCAGUGAGCUGUAUCCAUGUGACAGUCAGCACAGCCUGCAAUGCGACUAUAGUGCCAGCUUCCCUGGAGAGCCAGGAGAGUGUGUCAGUCAGAAAGAGCUGGGCUGUGAGCAUAAUGGAGUCUCCUAUCAGGAAGGCCAGGUAUUUCAGCCCUCUUGUGCUCUUCAGUGUCACUGUUCGGGUGGAGGGGUGACCUGUGUGCCCCGGUGCAGUGAGGAUGUUCUCCUGCCCACCCCAGACUGCCCUCAUCCUCGAAGGGUUCAACAACCAGGAAAAUGCUGUAAAGAGUGGGUGUGUGAAAAUAUGGACAACACAGUGCUUCAGGACGCACACAUAGCUUCAGGAAGUGAUCAGACAAUGCCUGCAGACUCUGCAUACCAAACCAGACCCGGUUCAAACUGCAUAGACCAGAGCUCAGAGUGGAGCGCUUGCUCACACACCUGCGGGCCUGGAAUAUCCACACGGGUGUCCAAUCAAAACCCGACCUGUCGCCUGGAGAUGCAGAAGCGCUUGUGUAUGAUCCGACCCUGUCAGCCUGUUCUCCAGAGAAACCCACAGUGGUCUAGGAGGAAAUGUCAACCCAGCUACAGGUCAGCAACCCCGGUGCGGCAUUUCUACCAGGGCUGUUAUAGUAUGCAGUUCUACAGGCCCCGUUAUUGCGGCUCAUGUAAAGACAACCGUUGUUGCACUCCUUACCACACUGGCACAGCGCCGGUCACUUUCCGCUGCCCUGGAGGAAGACUGCUCAAACAUGCUGUCAUGACCAUCAACUCCUGCAUCUGCCAUUACAACUGCCCCUAUUCGUCUGGAAGGGCGUAUAGAGGGACACCCUUCUGGGGUUAGAAACUGACUCUCUUAUAGGCUGACUUUCGAUCUAGUAGCUUCAUAUUGGAUGCUCUGAGUUUAAAAUGUCUUAUUGCGUGUUAGUUACAUGGACCCAACUCAAAAAAAAAAAAAAAAAAACACUAAAGAACACAUAAGCCAUUUGAGAUUUGACAGCAAUGUUUUUUUCUUAAGCCGACAGGUGUCUGUACUGGUAUCUUUGGUGUAAUUAAAAUAGUUCAUGAGUUUAAGAUCUGCUAGAAAUUUCUCUCUCUCUCUUUUUUCUAUUGGGUUUACACAGUGGCAGAUGUUUCACUCUGAAAAAACUUUACACUUGAAAAAUAUCGAACAAUUAUAUAGGAGUUCUUUCUGUAUCUUUGUCAGUUUUGUGCUUAUUAUUGGACAAUUGUGGCUCUCAAUGAAUUCCAAAGCUAUUAGCUCACAAAAGAUGAAAAUGAUGUAAAUGAGAUCUAAUGUUUUCUCCUCUUCAAGAAAUAGGAUCUAAGCAAAGAAACGUCCCGUCUCAGACAGAUUUUAAAUUGACCUGAAAUAACAUUGUGAAUGCAGAAGAAUUGGUUAGAUGCUAUGUGAAAUUAUUUCUUGAGUUAAAUGUGGCAUGUUCACCUGUAUUUACUACAGGCUUUUAUUUGAAGACUGACACUAUAGCUGUACUUUAGUGUUUACCAAUUUCAUGCAAAUGGAUUGACUGUGUAUAUAUGUAAAUACUUGUUUAUGUCUGUAUGUUUCUGUCAUCAAUACUAGAACCUUUAACAUUUGUGUUCAUUUGGAAUAUUUCAAGUUUCAUUACACUGUAAUUUGCCACCUCACAUCUUUGCAGUAAUUUGUCAGACCUUAUGCAAACGUUUUUUAAAAAUCUCAUCAUAAAAAUCUCAUAAAUACUCAAUAAUACUUUUUUUUUUUUUUUUUUUUGCUGUGUGCCUGUCUCCUUUUCUUGGGGUCUAGCUUUAUUAACUUUUGACAUUCACUUAUUAUAAGUAAAUUAUUUUAUCUGCUACUUCAAUUAGCUAAAUUUAGCAUACAUAAAUGUAAAUACGGGGAAAUAUGCAUUUUAUUUUUAUUUUUAAAGGGAAAGUUCAACAAUAGGCCUACCUAAAACAAUAUUAAGUUACUGAAAUAAAAUCUAGCUUGAGUCUCUCACUCUACAGCGAUUCAGAAGUGUAAGACUGCCCUCUCUUGAUUUUACGAGGAAAGGCAAGCAAGAAUUAGAUGCU